UCCUCUUGUACUGGUGAUGGGUCUGCAGUACACCAAUGAAUUUGUAGAGUAAAAUAUCUUAAACUUUUCUGCAAUCAACUCCUCUGCAAUACCGUUCUAUUUCAAUUUAACUUAAAAACCAAGGAGCAAAAGAAGCAGGCGUGCCAUCAGAGGAAUAUUGAUGGAGGACUGAAGAUUAUGGUGGUCUCUUGGCAAUUUUUACUGUAAAGCCUUCUGAUACACUGGAUCAGACUUUUUUUGUAUCUCCUAUUCACUCUGGGAAAGUGAAGGGAACGGAGGAAGCUUUGACUUGCAUAGUGGCUUCACUCAAGUAUAAACACAGUGCUUACGAGACUGCUUUCUAACCAUGCACCUGGAGGUGAAGGUAGCCAUUAACUUCAUUGUGUCCUACCUGUACAACAAGCUUCCCAGACGGCGUGCAGAUUUAUUUGGUGAGGAGCUCGAGCAAAUCCUUUUGUUGCGCUUCGAUGGCCAUUGGUACUCUGACUCACCUUUGCGUGGGUCUGCCUACCGAUGUCUGCAUCUGGGCUUUAUCAGGGACCCUGUUGUGGAGCUGGCAGCCAAGAGAAGUGGGCUGGACACUGAGGAGGUCCGCGCCAACGUCCCGGAGGAGUUGACCGUCUGGAUUGACCCUCAUGAGGUAUCCUACAGAAUGGGGGAGGGCAGUGCUUUGAAGGUACUGUACCUUGACGAUCCACUCGGUUUAGGGAGUGAGGCUGAAAUGGCCGAGGCCAUCCUGAGUAAAGGAGACCUAGAGGCAGAUGAGGUGAAAAGCUUGGGGUUCAACCCCGAGGCCCAGGUGUUUGUGCCGAUUGGUGGCCAGAUGUCACCCAUCCUUCUGCCCUCUCUGUCCAGCUCACCCACACCCCUGUCUACCUCAUCCUGCCAAGGCUUGUACUGCUACUCGGCAUCUAGCACCCCCACCAACCCCACCGCUCACUCCUCAAACACUUCCACUCCAUCUCCACCGAGUGGUGGACUCCCUUACCUGCAGGCCCAGCAGCAGCAGCAGCAGCAGCAGCACACUCCGCUCCCGCCAAACACUCGGCCGCCUCCGCAGCCCAUCACCUUCACCACAGCCACUUUUGCCGCCACAAAGUUCGGCUCCACCAAGAUGAAGAAGUCCAGUAACGCCGGAUCCACUGUGGUGCCCGGCAUAGGCAUGUCUCAGCAGCAGCAGCAGCAGCAGCAGCAGCAUCAGCAGCAGUCGCAGCAGUCCCAACCGCAGAUGCUCAGUCGCUCUCCCACCACCAUCUCUCCUCCUGGGCUGCUGAAGCACAAGUCCCUCUCCCUCUCUCUGCACUCGCUGGGAGGGGGGGCCAUGUCCAGCCAGCUCUCCCCUAAUGCCAAAGAGUUUGUUUAUCCGUCCACCCAGGGCCACCUCUACUUCGAUGUGGACACCCCGACCUUGCCGCCUCACGCCAGCCCCUUCCAGGCCACCUCUGCUCAUGGUCACCCCCACACCCACCCGUCCUUCGACCCCUUCGCCAGCCCUCCGCCAGGUCAAACUGUGGGCAUCAUCAAUGCUAACACAGGAAUCUCGUUUGUGGAGAAACCCACGUUUGUUGAUGGUCUGAGUGGGUAUAACCUGCAGUAUCCAAACCAAGCCUUCCAACCUGUGGUUCUGGCCAAUUAACCAUGUCUUUCGAUGAUUCCAAAAUAUCAACAUAAAGGUAGUAGUGGUCUCGGACCUUUUCCCUCCCCUCAAAGAGUUGUUGUUACUAACACUUAGCUAAGAGCUUAGAGCUAGUAUUAAGACUACAGAUGCGACUACUUUGUGUGUCUUGUCAUAUCACUCAUUAGUUUCAGGUGUUUUAUUAUGCCAGAGGAGUAACAAGCCUCUUGUCAAAACCAUUGUCUUUUGAGUUUAAUGUUGACCACCUUUUUGGCGGGGCCCCUUUUCUUUUUACAUGGACGUACAAACCCCCAACACCAGUGUCAGGGUUAUCAUUCUCAAGCUUGCACUGCACCCUCCUGCUGUGAAAAAAGGAGCAGAUGUUGGAUGGCUUUGGAAAGCUAGGCUGUCUCUCGGCAUGCUGUGUUAGUCAGACCUGAGUAAUGAUCCUCACUGAGCACCCUUUUUUUUUGCUUUGUGCCAAUGUCAUUUUCAUAUACUUUUAUUUUUUUUGUGGCUUGUGACCUUAAGUCAGCCUUUGUUAAGAGGACCUGAUUUGGUUGAGCUAAAACUGCACCUGUCCUGCGCACAUACAUGCAUAUUGUGAACUUUGAUUGUGUCACGCUUAAGGACAAUUCUGGUUGAAUGUAAAGAGCUUGGGCGUAUGUUUGCUGUUGAUGUCCCUCGGAAGGGUUGUGAGGUGGUACACUUUAAAUAUGUUUGGCAAGGAGUUCCAUAGCAAUUCUAAAUGACCGAUAAGGAAAACGCAUCAAGCCUGGCUGGAUUCAGAUUCUGUGAAAGAAUAGCUAUAAAAAACCAAGUAAUCUGUUUUUUUACCUCUCCUUCCAGCACACUCACGUGCACACAAGCAAUCCCAGUCAGCAGAGCAUGAAGGUGAGAGGGCGGUAUUGGAGGGAGGGAGGGGGGGAUGGGGACGACGCUAGUGGCAGGGAUUGGGAUAAAUGGCUUAGUGUGACUUUGACUAUGAAGAUUUUACUCUGCAAGGAGAGGAGGCGGAGAAAAGGGAUGUGAGGUAAACAGUAUAGGCAUCAGUAGAAGCUUUUGCCAUCAUGUCUGCACUGGUAGAGCUGCACUGUGUAGAGAGGCUCUUUUUUAUACAGUAUAUAUAAAAAACUUUUGCACUUUUUUUCCCCCCUUUUCACCGUGAUUCGGUGAACAGCGCAGUUGAGAUUUACUGCCCAAAUGUGAAGGCAAGAGCAAUGCAAUGGAAGAGUACAUAUAUUGCAACGGUGAAUGUUGUCUGUUUUCAUUUAUGAGGUAUACAAGAGCCCUCUAGCUCACUGAUAUUUUGUCUGGGGACAGGGCACAUGUUCUAGUGGCCUCUUAGUCCUAUUCAAUUCCUGAAAUAUCCAGGGGAAAGCAUGGGGAAAGCCAUAUCAUCCACUGUUUGGCCUGUUGGCCUGGUAAGUGAUCAGAUGAGUGCUGUAAUUUUUGGAUUAGGGUUGGGUGAACGAAGAGGUUCUUCUAUUCUUCAUCUGAAUGUUUCUGUGCCCAAAUUGUGCCCAUGAAUAAUUUACAUGUGAGCUAUCUCGAGGCCCCUGACUUGAUGUUGCCCUUUCAUCAUCUGUCCCAUUCCAUUUUUUUGUUUUUGUUUAGAUUUGGCUAGCUGGGUACUGCUCUGUGAGUGAGAUUGGGUGAAAUGGGUGUAAUUUUUUACAUUCGUUUGUAAUUUAUUUACAAUUUUCUAUAUUUUCGUGUGUUUUUGAAAGAAAAUAUCUAUGACAUUUGUAUAAAAAAGUAUGACAUGAAUAUGUAUAGAUUUCUUAUGUUUAAAUAUCCUUUCUUUAGUUUCUUAUGUGCUGAAGUUAUUUUUCCAGAAUAACUAUAAAUAUAUAUGCAAGAGAGAUAAAUAAAAUGUGUAAAACAAAGUAUUGAAUGUGUAUUGUACCUUGUAUAGAGUUUGUUUAAUAAAAGACGGGUAAUAUA